AUGGACGCCAUCAAGAAGAAGAUGCAGAUGCUGAAGCUCGACAAGGAGAACGCCUUGGAUCGAGCUGAGCAGGCGGAGGCCGACAAGAAGGCGGCGGAAGACAGGAGCAAGCAGGUCUGCGCCUCCCCUGCCCUGAACCCGCGCCCCACCCGGGACCCAAGCCUGGCACCCCCGGCUGGAUCCCCACCCCGAGGACUCGGGGAGCCACCACCCUACCCCCACCACCACCCAGGGCGGCCAGGGCGCGUGUCUGGAAAGAAGGAAGGGAAACGCAAGAGCCAGGCUUAG